AUGGUAGAUGCGGGUCAAAAUGCUUCGAUCGAUAACUUGGAUAAGGAUCAAAUGAAAACAUUCUCCGAUUUUCUGAUGUCCUACAAUAAAUUGUCGGAAAUGUGUUUCACAGAUUGCGUGCGCGAUUUUACUUCGCGUGUGGUCAAAGAUAAUGAGGAACGCUGUGCACUCAAUUGUAUGGAGAAGUACCUGAAGAUGAACCAACGUAUUUCACAGCGCUUCCAAGAGUUCCAAAUGAUUGCCAAUGAAAACGCCAUAGCGAUGGCGCAAAAGUCUGGUAAACUUUAACGCGUGUGCAACUUGGAAUGAUUCAUGGAUGUUGAGCACAAUGAAAGUGUGUAGAAUAAUUAGCCAGAGAUAUAAGCAUUUCCUCUGAAGCGUACAUAUGUGCAUUUGUUAACUUCACUACCAUUGUUUAAUAAAAGGUAAUUCUCUACUA